AUGACCUCGCCUGCGCCGUACGAGUGUAUUGACGAAGACGCUCCAUCACACAACGAAUCUCUCGAACCCAAUUAUUUUAAGCCGAUGCCAUCACCUGAACCGGAGCCAGAUUUUCCUCCAACGAAAUCCAAAACUGAUCCGAGUGUCGAGGUGCUGGGAUAUCCACCCAUCUCGGAGACUUCCUCGAGGUCGAGUUCAGGACCUGCGGCCACGUUGAGCCCUGAGCAACGUGACCAUCGUGGUGACAUGCCAGAAGCGGGAGCGCCUGCUCUCGCAGAAGGCAGUCCUCACGAUGGAUUGACAAAGGCGAGCAGUCCAGACGAUCUGCGACAGACGGCUGCGAUGGCGAUCCGCGUCGGGGCAACCAAGACCCCUCCAACUGACGCCAAAGAACUAGCGGAGAGACCUGUUCAUAGGGUCGACUCUGCGCAGGAUAGUUCAGAGAGCGUGCCUCAACUCCCGCCUGAAAAGCGACCACAGCGAAGUGGACGGGCCUCUCCUUUGAAGCUGGAAACUGCUUCCGCUGUGACCAACGUUGCACCUGCCUGGGCCGAGGACUCAAUUGCAAAAUCGCCAACCCUCUCGAAGCACAUGAUUCAGGUGGAAGAGAAGGUGCCGAGCAGUUAUCCUGCCGCUCAAGCCACUUCGCCAACGGUAGAAACAUCGGCGAAUUCUUUGCGAAAAGCAAGCCUUCCACCGUUCCGCCAACUGGCUGACCUGGCCGAGAUUGCAUCGCAGCAGACGCAGCAAGACAAUCGUCCGCCAGCACAGCACGCUCACCACCACAGCCAGUCGUUCAGCUCGACGACUUCACAAUCACCCAUGAACCCGUACCAUCCGUCUUACACGAACAGCACACAAACCUCACCAGUCAGCUACCACGGCUUUGCCCGGUCGCCAACAAGUACGGAGGGGUUCAGCUAUGGCUCGCCAAGCCAAAACCCAGGCUCUGCUUACUACUACCCGGAUAGAAGGACAUCGGUUGCGAACGAUAGCGCUCAGACAUACCCGACACCGGUACCGUCUCUACCGUCGAAUCCCUCUUCCGGCGAGAGUCAGGUUGGCAAUGCCGGGUCUAGCACCGAUGGCUACAGCACGUCACAUACGACACCGAUUGACCCAGGGACGGUCCCGCCAGAUACGAUGGGGCGGCCGAUAUUACCACCGGUGCCAGGGAUGCCACCAGGGAUGGCGAUAAUACCGGCUGGCGGCUUCAUGUGCGAUUAUCCGGGUUGUACAGCACUUCCUUUUCAAACGCAAUAUUUAUUGAGCUCGCAUCGAAACGUGCACAGCCAAAGCCGACCUCACUAUUGCCCAGUCGAAGGCUGUCCACGCAGCGAAGGCGGGCGAGGUUUCAAGCGCAAGAACGAAAUGAUACGUCACGGCCUGGUGCACAACAGCCCCGGCUACAUUUGCCCAUUCUGCCCAGAUCGUGAGCACCGAUAUCCCAGACCGGAUAAUCUUCAGAGACACGUACGUGUGCACCACGUUGACAAAGACCGCGACGAUCCCGCGCUCCGCGAGGUGCUCGCUCAGAGAUCCGAGGGGACGACGCAGAAACAGCGACGACGACGAACGCAGGGAACGACCUCCCGCGAAGGUCAAGCGCCUGAAUCAGCACCUUGA